GUCCCCUCCGGCGAUCCGUACUCAGCUGGCUGUUGUCAUUGGAGACGGCUGGUGACAGCUGGGGGGAGAUCUGACAGCUCAUGGCUUCUCCACAACAAAGCUAUUGUGUGGCCGAGGAGAGGAGCGGGCAUUGCGCCGCCAUGGACCGGCACUGCCUCUAUGUGUGGGGGGGAUAUGUGACAAUUGAAGAAAAUGAAGUUUACUUGCCAAAUGACGAAAUCUGGGUCUACGACAGUGAAUGCGGGUUAUGGAAGAUGCACUUAACAGACGGAGACUUGCCCCCUUCAAUGUCUGGAAGUUGUGGAGCAUGUCUGAAUGGUAAAUUGUAUAUCUUCGGAGGAUAUGAUGACAAAGGAUACAGCAAUCAGCUGUAUUACAUGGACCUGCACUCAAAUGGAGCGUUCACAUGGAAACAUGUAAAGAAUUUCCAUGGACGGCCACCGACCCCAAGAGACAAACUUUCCUGCUGGGUGUACAGAGAUUGGUUAAUUUAUUUUGGAGGCUACGGAUGCCGAAGACACAGCGAAAUAAGCGAUUGCUUUGAUGUACAUGAUGCAUCAUGGGAAGAACAGAUGUUUUGGGGAUGGAACAACGAUAUCCACGUAUUUGACACUCAGAAACAAGCCUGGAUACAGCCAGAGGUAAAGAGCGCACCACCACAACCUCGAGCCGCUCAUUCUUGUGCCAUCCUGGGGAACAAAGGAUAUGUGUUCGGUGGACGGGUGCUGCAAACACGGAUGAAUGAUCUGCACUUUCUGAACCUGGACACUUGGAUAUGGUCCGGAGGGAUCCAGAUUACAGGGAGCGCCAAGGGGAGAUCAUGGCACACACUCACACCUAUUGGAGAGAAAUUAUUUCUCUUCGAGGGUCUUAGUGCUGAAAGUGUUCCUCUAAGUGACGGAUGGAUUUAUAGUCUCUCUACUAGGAAUGGAAGCAGUUGACAGCAUUUAGAUAAGGAUCAACCAAGACUCUGGCAUACGGCCUGUCUGGGCAAAAGACGGAAGUCAUGGUUGUUUGGUGGCAGCAAGGAUGACCUCCUCUCCUUGGAUACUUUGUCACUGAAACAGUGA